AUUAUGUAGCCGCAUACACAACGUUUAAAGGUCUGUAACGCUCUGUUUAUCGCGUUAAAAACUUCCUCCAUGCAGUGGUUAUGGUCUGAACGGUUCGAUAUUGAUAGACGUCUAUGGGAACCACUAUAAUGCUGUCAUUCCAGGAACAUUUACAGUUAUGAGUGACAUUGUCGAGUAUUGUCCUACAAACCUGACAGAAGUCAUCGCGGCAUCAGCGAGACUAAACUGCGGUGAAGACAGGUUUGGAAAUGAUCAGUAUUUAUGUCUUCCUAACGUCAGAAAGACUGGGCUUGUGGAAUAUUGUCAUAAAGGAGUCAUUCCAUUGAUACCAAGUGGAUAUUGUGUGGAUACAACGGGAGGCCAGUUAUAUUCCAGAAAAUGUGAACAAUUCCUCUAUGGUUGUCCAAGUCAGCAUUUCCAAACCAAUAAGAUAUACAGACAUCCCGCCUGUCUGAAUAUAAACACAGAGAACCGGUGUUAUAUUGCUGAUCCGUCAUGUCCCAACACGACAUCAACAUUCACUACGGAAGACAUGAUGGAAACAUCAUCCACCUACUCGAACUUCUCUAACACAACUGUGAAUACUCUCUACACCACGACCACAUCCUUAGAAGAUGUACCUGAUGUAGGGGCCGUUGUGGGAGGGGUGUUAGCUGCAGUGUUUGUUAUCACAGUCCUGCUGAUUUUAGUGCGUGUUGUUUUGAGAAGGAGGAAACAACGGAAAAACCAACUUAGAGAUGGAAGAGAUGAAGAAACCCUGCGUAAGUAUUAUUCUAUUCAGAUUAUAGUUCAAUUUUAGCUGUAACACACAAAUUGAUUGACUGAGAGCACUGAAAGAAGUAGUUAAUACAUGUA